AUGCAGCCCAACGAGCUUCAGCAUUACCUGGCUGACCAGCCACCUCUGGUCAUGCCUCUCAAGAUUGAGCAGCACUUCGAGCUUCUGUCUGAUCAGCAGAAGCGUUACAGUCAUUUCAUCAGCCAGGCUGCCUUUGCUGGUACUAGAAUUGGCUUGCGUCAGACUUCACUCGAAGCCGAGGCCAUCUUCGACCUUGUCAUGGCUAUUCACAACAGCUGUAAUGGUGACUGGUCCUCCCUCGCCGCCAAGGCUGGAGUUGAGGCCGACGAAGCCUCGAGGCUCCUGGAAUACUCUGUCCAGGUUAUUGGUAACCUGGGCAAUUUUAAGAGCUUUGGUGACGCUAAGAUCUUACCCCGCUGCGCUGAAAAGUCGGUAGAUGCAAUUGUUACCUCAGUUCCUGAGGCGGCCAAGCACUACGAGAAGUGCAGGACUGCCAUCUUCGACCACUCCCAGCAGACCAAGAUGCACCUUGGUUUCCUCGAUGAUGGCCACACGACCACCUACUACCCCGAUUCUGACGACAUCACCAAGGCUGAUAUCGAGGCUGUUAAUACUUGGAUGGCUAACAAGAACCUACUCCCUGAAAACACCAGACUGCGCAAGACGAGCGGCGGCUUUGAGAUCAUUAUUGCGUCUGCCAUCACCUCACCCCCGACCGAAGGUACCGACAUUGGCAAGCAGACUGAGUACACUGUCGAGGAUGGCGCUUUGAAGGGGAAAACCAUCAAGCUCGUCUUUGGAGACUACGCCGCCGAAAUGGGCAACAUCGCCAAGAACAUGGAGCGUGCCGCCGAUAACGCUGCCAACGACAACCAAAAGAAUAUGCAUUUGGCUUAUGCCAAAGCAUUUUCGACUGGCUCCCACAACUCCUGGAAGGAGAGCCAGCGCUUGUGGAUCAAGGACAAGAGCCCCGCGAUCGAGUGCAAUAUUGGUUUUGUUGAGACUUAUCGCGAUCCUGCUGGAGUUCGUGGCGAGUUCGAGGGUUUUGUCGCCAUGGUCAACCAAGAGCGCACUCGUGCUUUUGGCGAGCUUGUGGAGGCUUCAUCCCGACUGGUUCCCCUGUUACCUUGGAGCGCCGAGUUCGAAAAGGACAAAUUCUUAGCCCCGGACUUCACCUCUCUCGAAGUUCUUACUUUUAACACUGCCGGAAUCCCUGCUGGCAUUAACAUUCCCAACUUUGACGACAUCCGUCAAAAUGAAGGUUUUAAGAACGUGUCUCUGGGCAACGUGAUGGGUGCCACUAACCCUAAUGAGAAAAUCCCCUUCAUCAAAGAAUCGGAUCUUCCCAUCAUCGCCAAGUAUCGGGAGCCUGCCUUUGAAGUCCAAGUUGGUCUCCACGAACUGACUGGACACGGCUGCGGAAAACUUCUUCAAGAGACUGCUCCGGGCGUCUUCAACUUUGACAAUGCCAACCCGCCUAUCUCCCCCAUCACAAAGAAGCCGAUUUCGACUUGGUACAAACCCGGCGAGACCUGGGGCUCGGUAUUUGGCGCCAUCGCUGCCUCUUAUGAGGAGUGCCGUGCUGAACUUGUAGCCAUGUUCCUAUCCUGUGAUUUCCAAGUUCUCAAGAUCUUUGGAUUCGGUGAUGGUACCGAAAAUAUGGACAAUGAGGCUGGUGACGUUCUCUACGCCUCAUAUCUGGGCAUGGCCAAAGCAGGUCUCGGCGCUGUCGAGAUGUGGGAUCCUAAAAGCCAGAAGUGGGGGCAAGCUCACUCUCAGGCGCGCUUCUCUAUCCUCAAGUGUUUCAUCGAGGCUGGCGAUGAUUUCUGCAAGCUCGACUACACCAAGGAGGACUUGUCGGAUCUUACUAUCAACCUUGACCGCUCCAAGAUCUUGACCACUGGUCGACGAGCUGUCGGAGACUACCUGCAGAAGCUUCACAUUUAUAAGAGCACCGCCGACAUCCAAUCCGGCCUUGAUAUCUACAACCGCAUGACCAACGUCGGUCUCGACUUCUGGGGAACUAAGGUCCGUGACGCCGUCCUUGCAAACAGGCAACCCCGUAAAGUCUUUGUCCAGGCCAACACGCACCUGGAUGAAGCUACUGGCAAGGUUACCCUCCAGACUUACGAUGCUACGCUGGAGGCAUUCCUUCAGAGCUGGGCGGACCGUAAGCUGUAA